ACAAAUACUCAACGUCCGAUCGGUUAACACCAGGUCGCGGCAACUGCACCGAUGAGUCGCCCAACACGUAGCCGGCGCCGGACGGCGACCGCCAGUUUGUCCCCUCCUUCCACCGCGCGCGACCUUGUGUUUCCCAGCCCAGCUCAUUGGUUUGGAUAACUAAGCUACCGCCUUUGUCUCUUGCACAGUGCCCCACGGAGAUCGAUCGGAAUGGAGGCGCAGCAGUGGCAGCAGCGCCGCCACCCGCUCCGGACGCCCAUGGACCCGCUCCUGUCCCUCGCCGGAAGUUUCUUCUCGGCCUUCUCCCCUUCCUCGUCCACCGAGCAGGGCACCGCCACCUCCACCAUACUCCUCCUGCCGCUCCCCGUGGCCGCGGCGCGCGCGCUGUCCGUGCUCCGCCGGCUCGCGCUGCUCGCCACGCAGGCCUUCAUCUCCGUCUUCUUCGCGGUCCUCUCCGCGCUCUCGCCCCCGCCACCACCACCACCCCCCUCGCUCGCGCCAUCCUUGCCGCCGCCGCCGCGCGCGGACCAGCAGGGCUCGCCGGCGUCCUCCACCAGCGUGGGCCGCGCGCUCGGGCACGUGCUCUGGGUGGCGUCCCGCCUCCCCGUCGCCUCCCGCAAGUACGAGCUCGUGCGGGGCCUCGCGGAGCGCCUCCUCGACGACAACGCGCUCGCCGGCGGCGCGGCGGUCGGCGCCGUGAGCCGCGCCGCGCUGGCCGCCGCGUUCGAGCGCACGCUGCGGCAGCUGGAGGCGUCGGCGACCGGCGGCGGGGACUGGCCCGCGAUGGAGCUGGCCGCGCGCGCGGUCAGGACGGGCAUGCGGCUGUGGAGGCCGGCGGCCGCGGCCGUCGCCCCGCUGGAGGGCGAGGCGGCGUUCGGCGGCCCCGCGGCCGAGAAGCUCGCCGCCGAGCUGCUGUGGCUCGCGCAGAAGAUGGCCGCGUGCGGCGCCGCGCGCGAGGCCGCCGUGCAGCUCGGUGCCGCCCCGCGCCUCGGCAGCCGCGCGCUCGUCGCCGAACCCACGCUACAGGUCGCGCUGCUACGGCUAGCAGUGUUCCUGUUCAGGCACGCCAACUCGGCGGAGUUCGAGCAGGACACCGGCGACAAAGAGGGCGACAAGGCCGCGGUGGCGGAGCACCGGAUGGCGAUGCUGCGGUCGUGGCUGCCGCUGCUGUGCCGCGGCAGCACCGGGACGGACGCGCCGGUGCUGAGCGGCAGGGAGAGGGCGGAGAUGGUGACGGUGCUGGAGGAGCUCAUCGAGAAGCUGCGGUGGGAGCAGCAGGAGGAGGCCCUGGCGCUGUGGCUGCAUCACUUCGCCGCAUGCCCGGACACCGACUGGCCCAACCUCGAGCGCUGCUACACGCGAUGGUACGCCGAGUCGCGCAACCUCCUCGCCUGAACAAGCAUCAGCACGUAGUAGGUCUGAGCAUUUCUUUUUUGCCUCAAGUGUGUACUGUGAUCGAGUUGUGUAUAUACUCCGUACGUGACAGUAUAGUGGCAACAAUAACAAGACAUAACUACUUGUGUGUUCUGCAAUUUGUUUGCUCAUAACUCUGUUCAUACACAGGGCUGGUGCAAAUUUGAAACCCUGUAUGGCUGUCUCCAGAGGUAUAAUGAAACCAUAUUUUUUA